AGGCCCUGACUGACAUGCUGAAAUCGAUGGACCGCAUCGACUAUUUAAGUCGUUAGUUCAACAUGGUUUAAAGGUCCAAGUCAAAAUAGACCGACGGUAAUGGAUGUUUUUGAUUCCCCUACUCAACUCGGUUAAUUCUGAAAAGUACGUUUUGAAUUUUUGUCUGUCAUUCUUGUUUUCACCUGAAACGAAAAGGAUUUAGUGUAAAUGUUAGUAGAGUUAAAUAUACACUGUCGGCACAAUAUAUAUAUGACGAAUGAGUUAGCCUGUAAACGGCGUCAAGUGAUGUGAUGCCACCCUGACUCAAUAGACAGCUAUUAGAACAAGCUAUGAUUUCCCAACCAACGUCAUCGGAGCCGACACACAUACCCGUUUGACGCCAAUCAUGGAUUUCGUUGACAUACGGAUGUGUAUUAUGAUGUCACAAAAUGGGCAAGGAAAAACAUUUGCAGUGUAGUAAACAUAUUUUGAAAUAUAUGUGGUGGAUUCAUGAGUGGACGUGAUUGCUUGCCAUCACUUAGAUGUUGAUUUGACAUGUUCUAUCAUUAGUACCUUAAGUACCAAUACAAGUGUCACAGGGAAAUCUGUCCGAUAGGACUUGGAUAAUUUCUACAGUGCAAUACGGAAAACCGGAUUACCAUGGCAAUGGAAGAAGAACAAUACGAUGAAGGCUUUGACCGAGAAGACAGCGAUCUUUCCCUCAUGGCUGACGUGAAGUUACCUCCUCUUCCCUAUUCUCCUUCAAAGACAAUUUCACGUAAACAAACAUCUCUGUCUCUGGCAUCACCUAACAAGAAAGAUGACGACAAGGAUGCUUUCUCGGCUAUUACACCUAAACCUGAAACGGUUAGUCCUCCACUUGAGUCCCGGAAUCUAUCUCGGGCGUCUUUCAGACCUCCGCUAAGGAAGAGGAAAACAAAAUUUACGUUUGAAAAUACUCCAACAUUUGAUCCUAAUGAACCGUACGAUUUUGAUGAAGAUGAUGAAGAUAUACCAAAAACGGAGCGUUAUGCUACACAGAUUGAACAAUCCCGUGCAUUAUACCGGAAGUCAUGCAAACGAAUGGGGUUAAUUCCAAUAAAAAAAGUCCUUCAGCAGUUUGGCCAAACGGUGUUCUCAAUAGACGAUCUUCAGUUGUCAGCCCGGGAACUCAAGACCAUUUUCGUCAGUAUCGCGAAUGGCCUUGACAUAUUAGAACUUGAUUUGUCCGGAAACAAACUUGGGGUGAAAGAGGUCAACUACCUUUGUCAAAUACUGAAAGCAAACAAACAUCUAAGUGCUCUAAUAAUGAGAAAAUGCAACCUUCAUGGUUCACCAAUGAAAAACUUGGCCGAAUUCUUGUCAACGUCAUAUACAUUACGGAAACUAGAUUUAGGAGAUAAUAACUUAGAUGACAACGACGCCCCACAUGUUGCAAAAGUGAUCGAGAAAAACGAAAGUAUCGGUGAUCUGAUUUUAUCACAGAACAAACUUGGAGAAAGCGCCAUCAUGAUUGGACAUGCCAUUAAGGAAAACGAGAUAAUGGUCAGUCUUGACCUGAGUUGGAACCACAUACGAGGCUAUGGUGCAAUAGGGGUAGCCCAGGGAUUAGAGAAAAACACAAAGUUGACCACAGUGAAUCUAGCUUGGAAUGGUUUUGGAUUUGAGGGGUGUAUUGCCUUGUCUCGAGUAUUAGAGAGCAACUCCUGUUUGAUGAGCCUCGAUCUGGCCAACAACCGUGUACAUCCGCCCGCUCUGUUUGAACUCCUUAAAGGGUUGGAGAAAAACAAGACCCUGGCCUCCUUAAGACUAGCACAUAACCCAAUUACUGCCCCGAUGUCCACCAUCGUAUUGAAUCGGUUACUGCAUGCUAAGGAAAGCAGUCUAACGGAAUUAGAUAUCGAGGGAGUUGUUGUGGACAAGGACUUCAAAAGCACACUCGAAGAAAUACAGAAAAUCCGGAUGUUUAUAGUGCGUUACGAUAUGGCACUGCCUCUAAACAAAGCCAGGGUUUUCAAGGCAGAUUCUAAGAACAUUUUUAACAUUGAUCCAGUCAGGAUCCUUUUCUUCAUGAAGGAACAUCUUCGUACCAUUGAUCUCUUCCUGAAGAUUGACAAGGACAACGAUAACUCACUUACAAGGGAAGAGAUGCAGUUUGCUUUUGAGUUGGAGGGCUUCCCAAUCAGCAGUGCAGCAUUAGACUCCGUCAUGGGUUAUCUGGACACAAACAAGGACGGAUCCGUAGAUCUUCUCAUCGAUAGGUUAGAAACCGGGGUGAGAAGGAUGGAGCGACUGUACCCCGGUACUUACAGAGAAUUCAUUGCGGGUGAACGAAAACUAAAACGAAAACUUAUCCAGGAAAGGGAGGAAGCUCGGGCCGAUUCCCACCUUAACCCUCAAACCAAAAUCUCCGGGGACAAAAAACAAUAUUCAAAAGCCUUUGGAGCCCCUAAAGAUGUCAGAAGCCCGCUUCCUAAAAAGACAGGCUGAUGUGAAUGUGUCAAAAUAUUCUAAAUAUGAUUUAAUUUAUUUGAGGAAGAGUUGAGAUAUUACGAGUGCUAAACAGAUGGUAUAAAAAUUUCCACAUUUUGAAGUCCGUUUGAUUAUCACUUAAUAUAAAGGGAACGUCACUAAAGUGGCAGUCAUUCUGAAGUGAAAAUUGUUAAAUUGUCAUCAUACACGCAAUUUAUGUGGCUUAGAUAAUGCAAAUAUAUACCCGAUUGGUUAAACGUUACUUUAGUCAAAGAGCAACUAUCAUUAUCAAUCUUUCUAAUUUAAUGUUAAUUAAUGUAAAAAAUUAAAUAUAGGGAUUUUAGAAAGGCAAUGUAUGUAAUUCAAAAAUUCUUCAUUACAUUAAGUCCCUUAUUCACUAGGUAAGAUUCAGUUCUUAAACAUCCUAAUGCAUCAUUGCUUUAUCAUUUCCCACUUUUGUGCAGGCUCAUAUAACACUGCACUUAUACUGAGGUGAGGUCGUGCUGAGCCGAGGUUACAGCAAUUGUGUAAAAAUUAUGAAUGCUUCAAAAUGCGUCUUAAAAUUGUGAUGAAAUGAAAAUAAAAUGCCUAUUCAAAAUA